CUAGGCUCUUCAAUUAACAUUUUACUAAACUUGUUUUAUAACAUAUCUAUCCCUCCCUCCCUCCAUCCAUACAUUUAUCAAUGCAUCUUAUUUUUGAUACAUUUUCAAAUUAAAUUGCAGACAUCAGGAUGCUUUCCCUUAAAUACUUCAGCAUUAGUGAGCAUUCAGUAUUUGUUUACAAUUCUGUUUUUAAACUAUUUAAGUAAAAUUUAUAUUCAUCAAAAUGCAUAAAUCUUAAGUGCAUACCAUGUGAAGUGUUUUGCCAAAUGCAUAAUCCAACCCCCUAUCAAGAUGCAGAACAUUAACAUCAUUCUAGAAAGUUCUCUCCUGCCUCUCCUGUCAAUGCCCACUUGCAUUCCCCCAGGGGCUAACACUGUUUUUAUGAGUUUUAUACCAAAGAGUAAUUUUGCCUGUUCUAGAAGCUCAUAUAAAUGGAAUCAAAGAGUUAUACUAUUUUGAGUCUAUUUUUGCUCAAGAUAUUUUUAGGGUUCAUCAUGUGGUUGUAUGUACCAGUAGCUUGUUCCUUUUUAUUGCUGAGUAUAGUAUUCAUUGUAUGAAUAUUCUAUAGAGUAUUUAUUCUUUUGUUUUCCCUAGGCUGUUUCCAGUUCAGGGCUAUUAUGAAUAAAGCUUCCAUGACUAUUCUCCUACAAAUAUCUUUGUGUAUAUAAUUUCAUUUCUCUUGGAGUGGAAUUACUAGGGUGGUUGUAUGUUUACCUUUAUUAGAAACUGCCAGACCUUUUUCCAAAGUGGUCAUAGGAAUAGUUUUUCAACAUCUUAAUUAAUGUAGCCACAAACAACUAAAAUUUACUGAGUUUUCUGUUUGUGCUGAGCACAGAGCUUUACUUGAAUACCGUAUUUCACCUGAUUCUUAUAGCAAGCCUAUGAGGCAGAUAUUAUGCUUCCUAUUUUACAUGGGAGAUAAUUGAGGCACAGAGAAUUAAAUAACUGCCCGACAUCACACUGCUGGUAACUGGCUGAGCUUGGAUUUGGAUAUAAGCAGGUUGGACUCCAGCUCCUAUGCCUCAUGCCUCCUAGAAUAUAGUAGUAAAAAAAAAAGUGGCUAUUUCUUUUAUUAGUAAAUGAAUUAACUUUCUAAGAAUGAAAAUUGGUAUGGUAACCAAUUUUAACAAGAGAUAACUGGAACAAGAGUAAUGAGAUACUGUGUUCAUCAAUAAACACAAUAUAAAUGUAAAUUCUUAUCCAUUAUUUAGAUGUGGUCUGUAUGGUUAACAGGGAGUUAGAAAUUUCAUCUAUGAAGGUCUCUUUAUCCUCCUGAAAGAUUUUCAAAGUUAUCUUCGAAGAGGCCCCAUCUCUCCAGCCCUGCACAAUCUAUGUAGCUUCCCUAGAGAACAAGUGAAGGGCUAAACUUCAGAGUCUCUUCUUUGGGCAGGUUAAUAAGGGCGUGAUGUCUCCUCUCUAAUCAAGACAGGAGCCUGAGGCUUUACUGGAGAGGUGUCUGUAAGCUGUAAUGAGGUGGGGAGGCGGAAAGCGUUCUCUCCCACACCUUUUCUAAACUCAUAGCUCAGUCUUUGUUUUGGGCUGUCUCUAGGACACCUGAAGUGAGGAGGAGGACCAAAGGGAACACACAUAUUCUUUUGUGCUGAGGGUCCACCUCUCAUCCAGGACUUUGACAACCUAACCUCCUUUUCUCAUGUUUGAAAAGCUCUCUACACCAGAGGAAGUUUCAAAAAAGGAUGUGACAGAUUGGAGUUGUUGGUUAGAGAAGGCGGGGAGUCCCUGAGUCUUCUGAAAACAGCAAAGCGCACCGGCAGAGCAGGAUGAGUCACGGGCAUAGGUGAGGGACUUGGACUCCUCUGUCUGGGAAAACGCUGCGCUCGCUCCUCCUGCAGUGGCCUUGGCAGGGUGUUGGAGCCCUUGGUCUGCCCGGUCUGGUCUCUGGGGCCAGGGCUGGGUUUCCCUCAUGUAUGGCAAGAGCCCGACUCGUGUGGUGCUGCUUCUCCUUGGCAUACAGCUCACAGCUCUUUGGCCCAUAGCAGCUGUGGAAAUUUAUACCCCCCGGGUGCUGGAGGCUGUUAAUGGGACAGAUGCUCGGUUAAAAUGCACCUUCUCCAGCUUUGCCCCCGUGGGUGAUGCUCUAACAGUGACCUGGAAUUUCCGUCCUCUAGAUGGAGGGCCUGAGCAGUUUGUAUUCUACUACCACGUGGAUCCCUUCAAACCCAUGAGUGGGCGGUUUAAGGACCGGGUGGUCUGGGAUGGGAACCCUGAGCGGUAUGACGUCUCCAUCAUCCUCUGGAAACUGCAGUUCGAUGACAAUGGGACAUACACCUGCCAGGUGAAGAAUCCACCCGAUGUGGACGGGGUGAUAGGGGAGAUCCGGCUCAGCGUCGUGCACACUGUUCGCUUCUCUGAGAUCUACUUCCUGGCUCUGGCCAUUGGCUCUGCCUGUGCAAUAAUGGUCAUAAUAGUAAUUGUGGUGGUCCUCUUCCAGCAUUUCCGGAAAAAGCGAUGGGCUGAAAGAGCUCAUAAAGUGGUGGAGAUAAAAUCAAAAGAGGAGGAAAGGCUCAACCAAGAAAAAAAGGUCUCUGUUUAUUUAGAAGACACAGACUAACAUUUUUAGAUGGAAGCUGAAGAUUUCCAAGAACAAGAACUCUAAUAUUUCUUGAAGUUAAUGGAAGCUUUUCUUUGGCUUUUCCAUUUGUGACCUGUCUUCCAACCAAUUCUGCAGCACAUAUCCACCUAGAUAAGCAACAUUCCUCUAGAGCCAGGGUAGAGUUAUUCUCGGGCAGGUACCGCCAGAUUCACACACAACCUCAUUAUUAAGGUUUUGUUUAAUUUCAGAGUGCAGAUAUUUUUCAAAUGCUCAUUAGCUUUUGUAAACUAAGAAACUACAUUUUUGCCCUUAAACACUCCUUAUAGAUUAUGACUUGUAUAUACAUGUAUUGGCAUUAAAAGGGAUAGAAGCCAAAUUGUCUGUCAUGACAUUUCCUUUCACAUAUUAGUUUCUUUAGAGCAGCACUCUUAUUGCUAAAGUUAAUGUGUUUACUCAUUUCUUCCUACAUUUGCAAAUAAAAGGUGAGCUAAGUCUCCCAGCUGUUUUUGAUUAACAGUAAAUUUUAAAUUCAAACUGUUAAACAACAUUUUGAUUUUUAUGGCUCCCCUUAAGUAUGGUACGCAUCUUGUAUUGAAUUUCUUUUAAUAUCCCAGGUGAUAGGUUUUGCUGCUGUUGUCAAUUAAUCCAAGGUUUACAAUAGUACAAGGCUAAAUCAUAAGUAACUACAAAAGGUCACAUAAAUGCUAAAAGACUGGCAAAUGCCACCUCAGGAUGUUACCUUUUUUCUAUGUUGCAAAAAAUAAUCAACAGUGUAUGUCUUCCAUGAGCAGUGAUUGACUGUUUAGCUUACUACAUUUUCCCCCCAAUUCAAUGAUCUAUAACAACAGAGCAAAGUCUAUGCUCAUUUUCAGACUGGAAUCAUUAAGCAGUUUACCGUAAGGAUUCUGAAAUAGCACAUUACAAUUUUGAAAAUUUAGGGUUGGUGAAAAAAAUCAACCCUAAAUGAUAGCUUUGUACAGUAUUAUAUAAAGCUCUGAGACCUGAAAGACAUUAAGUUUUUUCUUCUUUAUUUUUUUGGUUGUAAUUCACUUGCUUAUUUUGCAGGGAGGGGGAGAAUUUGGUAUGCAGUAAAGAAAUACCAAAACUACUUAAACUGAAUGAAACCAACUUUAUUCUUUCCUCCCUUAUACUGGUAGAUAAAGCAAACUCUAUAAGUAAAUAUGGAAGGAGUGUCUUUUAAAAAUUGUGUUUUCUAGCGUCUUUCCAAAUUUAAGCUACAGUAGCAUUUGUUCAAAGGAUAGAAAAUGUCUAAAAGUUUAGGCUCAAGAUCAGUCUUCACAACCUGAUAUCUUCAGACCCAUCAACUGGGCUGCAGAUGUUACUUCUUUUAACAAACUGGAAUUUUCAAAUAGAUUAUCUGUAUUUAAAGUUAAUGGACCUUAAUAUUUUUCCAGUACUAUUUUUUAAAAGUUGUUAUUAUUUACAUAGAAACCUUGAUUCUGAAAUUCAUUGCAUACCUGUCUCAUUCUGACUUUUAUACUGUCUAAAAAAGUAAAGUUUCAAUAUUCAGUUUUAAAACUAAAAAUUAGAUUUGAAGUCUGUAUUACCUCUAAUCCACAUCUUGUAUUUUUCUUCAAAAUUCAACCUUUGAAAAUAUAAUAACUGGAUAUUUCUUCAAACAGAUGGCCUGGAGGAUGUUCCAUAAAUAUAAUGAAGAAUUAGUUAAAACUCACAGACAGUUUUUCCAGGAAAACCUGUACUCUGUGUCUUGGCUAAAUACUCAAGGGAUAAUACAGUUUGUUGUUUAGUGUAUCCUUCCUAAAGAACACUUUUGUAUUGUAAUUUAUUUUUUAUUAUGCCUUAAACAUUAUGUAAAUAAAUCUUCGGUAAUAAAGAAUUAUCAAUUAUAUAA